GAUCCGCCCCUCGGCGGUGAUCAGAGCGCUCUGCGCAUCACACUCUCAAACGCUUAUUCCACUGGGAUAGACGCAACUUCGGUCCGUGCGCGGAGCUAAGGAGACGCACACCGAAAUGACACCAAUGGCUGCGCUUGUGUUCACGGCGACUUUUGCGCUAAUAAUUUGGAUACCGACUUUCGCGUUAACCGCGCGGGUCUACCCUCCAAACGAAGUGACGCUGCUGGACUCGAGGACUGUGCAAGGCGAACUGAAGUGGGUUGCGAGUCCGACGGAAGGAGGGUGGGAAGAGGUGAGCAUCAUGGAUGAGAAGAAUACGCCAAUCAGGACGUACCAGGUAUGCAACGUUAUGGAACCCAGCCAGAACAACUGGCUUCGAACAGACUGGAUCCCUCGUGGCGGAGCGCAGCGACUCUACAUCGAGAUCAAGUUCACCCUGCGUGACUGCAACAGCCUGCCUGGAGUCAUGGGAACCUGCAAGGAGACCUUUAACCUUUACUACUACGAGUCUAACAAUGACAAAGAGAGGUACAUCCGGGAGAACCAGUUCACCAAAAUCGACACCAUUGCCGCCGAUGAGAGCUUCACGCAGGUGGACAUAGGAGACCGCAUCAUGAAGCUGAACACGGAAGUAAGAGAUGUGGGAAUUUUGACACGGAAGGGCUUCUACCUGGCGUUCCAGGAUGUUGGGGCCUGCAUCGCCCUGGUGUCCGUAAGGAUCUUCUAUAAGAAAUGUCCCCUCACCGUACGCAACCUGGCGCAGUUUCCCGACACCACCACGGGGGCGGACACCUCAUCUCUAGUGGAGGUGCGGGGUUCCUGCGUGGACAAUUCAGAGGAACGAGAGGUUCCCAAGAUGUACUGCGGAGCAGAUGGAGAAUGGCUGGUGCCUAUAGGAAACUGUUUGUGUAACCCUGGCUAUGAGGAGCAUGGAGGAACCUGCCAAGCUUGUAAGAUUGGUUACUACAGAGCGUUAGCUACGGACGACAGCUGCUCCAAAUGUCCGCUGCACAGUUACUCCGUGAGGGAGGGAUCCACUUCCUGUGCCUGUGACAAAGGAUUCUUCCGGGCUGAGACGGAUCCGGCAUCGAUGCCUUGCACACAACCCCCUUCUGCUCCUCAACACUUGAUCUCCAAUGUGAAUGAGACUUCGGUGAAUCUGGAGUGGACGACUCCGGCGUCCAGCGGUGGCAGACAGGACCUGGCUUAUAACGUCAUAUGCAAGCGCUGCAACUCGGACGGUCAGCGCUGUCAGCCCUGCGGCAACGGCAUCCAUUUCUCCCCCCAGCAGCUGGGCCUGCGCGCCACCCGCGUGUCCAUAAAUGACCUUCAGGCUCAUACCAACUACACCUUUGAAAUCUGGGCUGUCAAUGGGGUCUCCAAGCAGAGUCCUGGACCGGAACAGGCGGUCUCGGUGACUGUAACCACUAACCAAGCAGCUCCGUCUCCGGUUACCACCAUCCAGGCCAAGGACAUCACCAGACACGCUGUGUCUUUGGCAUGGCAGCAGCCGGAGAGACCCAACGGAGUCAUCCUCGAGUACGAGGUCAAGUACUACGAGAAGGAUCAAAACGAGAGGAGCUAUCGCAUAAUGAAGACCUCGUCCCGCAGCGCUGAGAUUAAAGGACUGAGCCCACUCACUUCCUACGUGUUUCAUGUGCGAGCUCGAACCGCCGCCGGCUACGGAGACUUCAGCGCCCCCUUCGAGUUCAUGACCAACUCAGUUCCCUCUCCCAUCAUCGGCGACGGUGCCAACUCCACCGUCCUCCUGGUGUCUGUUAUCGGCAGCGUGAUUCUGUUACUCAUCUUCAUCGGAGUCUUCAUCAUCAGUCGCAGGAGAAGCAAAUACAGCAAAGCCAAACAAGACUCUGAUGAGGAGAGACAUUUACAUCCAGGUGUCCGGAUCUAUGUGGACCCCUUCACCUACGAGGACCCCAACCAAGCCGUCCGUGAAUUCGCUAAAGAAAUCGACGCCUCCUGCAUCAAGAUCGAAAAGGUCAUCGGCAUCGGAGAAUUCGGGGAGGUGUGCAGCGGACGUCUUAAGAUGCCUGGAAAGCGAGAGAUCUGUGUGGCCAUAAAAACCCUCAAGGCGGGAUACACUGACAAACAGAGGCGGGACUUUCUGAGCGAGGCCAGCAUCAUGGGCCAGUUCGACCACCCCAACAUUAUCAGACUGGAGGGAGUCGUCACUAAAUGUAAGCCGGUAAUGAUCAUCACUGAGUACAUGGAGAAUGGAUCCCUUGAUGCUUUUCUAAGGAAGAACGACGGGCGUUUCACAGUAAUUCAGCUGGUGGGAAUCCUCCGCGGCAUCGCGUCAGGAAUGAAGUAUCUGUCCGACAUGAGCUACGUCCACCGUGACCUGGCGGCACGCAACAUCCUGGUCAACAGCAACCUGGUGUGCAAAGUGUCUGACUUUGGGAUGUCACGAGUGUUGGAGGAAGACCCAGACGCUGCUUAUACCACCAGGGAAAUAACUGGAACCUAUCAAUCACAGGGAGGCAAGAUACCGAUUCGCUGGACCGCCCCCGAAGCCAUCACAUACAGAAAGUUCACCUCCGCGUCCGACGUGUGGAGUUACGGCAUCGUCAUGUGGGAGGUGAUGUCAUACGGAGAGCGGCCGUAUUGGGAUAUGAGUAACCAGGAUGUGAUAAAGGCUAUCGAGGAAGGCUACAGGCUGCCUCCGCCCAUGGACUGCCCCGUUUCCCUGCAUCAGUUGAUGCUGGACUGCUGGCAGAAAGAGCGAGCCGAGAGGCCAAAGUUUAGCCAAAUCGUCAACAUGCUGGAUAAACUGAUCCGCAACCCCAACAGCUUGAAAAGGACGGGGGGAGAGAUAGCCAGACCCAACACCACCCUCCUGGAGCCCAGCAGCCCAGAAUUCACAUCCACCUUGGGAUCAGUCGCCGACUGGCUGCAGGCCAUCAACAUGGAGCGUUACAGAGACAACUUCACCGCCGCAGGCUACACGACUCCGGAGGCCGUCGUCCAGAUGACGCAAGAGGACAUGGCGAGGAUAGGCAUCUCUUCGGCGGCACAUAAGGACAAGAUCCUCAGCAGCGCGCAGGGAAUGUUGUCUCACAUGCAACAAAUACAAGACAGGAUGGUUCCUGUCUGAACCCAUGGGAUAGAAACUCGAAACAUGCUUUGGACUUUUUUUUAUUUUGGUUUUUAAGAAAAUCCAUUUACCUCAUCCAUGCACUUUAAAUUAAAUUUUGGAAAUGAAUGAAAAAACAAACAAACAGAAAAAAAACGAUUUCAGAGGAACGAUACAGCACUUUUUUCUCAAUAACGUCAUCCCCGCCCGCCGAGAGUCAAACAGGAUUGUCCCAUGCUGUACUGAUGCUCUGGAAAUGUUUCAAGGAAGCUUUUGAUCGGUUCCUUCAUUUCAAUGACACUAUGAAGGAGUUUCUCUGUUCCUUUUUAAUUGUUUUAUUUUGUCUCUGUAAGUAAAUGUAUAAAUAGUACUGGAUUUUUCGUCCGCUCCUGCCAUUUCACGGUCGCUCGGAUUGUUAUGCUCAAAAUGGAGGCAUCGACGCUAAAGAUUUUACGCACUCUUUAACGCUCCUGUCCCGGGGAUUUCUAAGAGGCAUCCGUCUUCUCUCCGUCUCCAACGCAAUGGAAGACGUCUCCGGGCUAGUUCUGGAAGACUUCCAGGUCUUCAGAAUGGAAUAUCUCUCUCCACUCCACAAUUCUCCACCCCGCUCCGCUUGGCUGGGAACUCACCGGUCGGAAUAGAAAAGACCGCACUCCGUUUACAUCCCUCUCUCUCCACCUUGGUCUCCACGGUCCCCUCUUACUUUUCCUCACUCUCUCGCUCCAUCUACGUCUCUCCCUUUUCGUCUCCGGAGACCUGCAGCGGGCCAUGAAAUCAACACAUGUCUCCCUUACUGGAUGUUCCAUCAGAGCUGAGCUAAGAAUCAUCUUCAUACAUCUGCUUCUCAGUCAAACCCAGUGUGGGCGCACAUCCGUUGCCGUUUCAAUAACUCCAUUUACCUGACGCUGGGACAAAGGACUUCAAUUCCCAUGAUUCCUAGAAUGGUUCCACUACGGGAAACGGAAAACAAAUGACAAACAACCCGAGGAACGGCGAAGGGCCCUCAGAGAUUCAAUGAGAGAUUAUAAUGAAAAAUUUCAUUUCCUCUCACUGGUGCCCUUAUUCCUGACAGAGUAUCUUCAAACGCUUUGUUCUCAGUGCAGCGAGUUCUUUUCUCGGUGAAGAAUGACAGUUUGUUUUGAGAUGCGCACAUAAAGGACAAAAACAGAUGAUGGGAGCUAAACCUACAAAACUCUUGAGUCGUGGCUACUCGCUGGAGACCUGGAGUUGUUUGCAAUAUACGCUAAGACACUGCUGGUUGCUUUUUGCGGCAAGACUGGAGAUUGUAACACAAAUACGGCAGAUUUAUUUGGACUGCUCGACUCGAACGAUUACGAGAAGAUUUGAUGCUAAUUCGAAAGUGACCCGAAAGAGGAACGUGAUUUGUACCCAAAAUAAACCUAUUACAGGAAUGUUUAUAGAAACGGAAAAAAAGGCUUUUCAACGUUUCAAGUGUGCUCUGUUACAUGUCAGCUAGAUUCAUUCCGUCCGUUUUAAGACUUUAUUCUGAGGUGGGAGGGGGGGUUCUUGUUGAGGCAGUAGAAUAUGAAAUGCCUCUGACCUUGAAAUACGUUUCAUUCUUCCUCUUUGUUUUAUCUUUUAAUGUUCCCUCCUCACUGUUUGGUGUCAACCUUAUAGGGUCUGUCCGGAAUAUGCAAUGAAUGUGAGAGGAGAGAAAUGUAAUAGAAUGUACCGUGCCAUGUCUCCUAAUGUAGUUUAUUCUGGAGAAAUCCAACUAACAAAUCGCUUUUCUCCGCCGUUCUAGCCAUUUAAGUUUAACGUUGUGUAUAACUGUCCAUACUGUCAUCAUCUACAUUUUUUAUUUGAUGAAUUUAGGUACAUGAAACAUGUCAUUUAUUUAUGGUCUUUUUUUAUCUAGUUUGUAAAUUGUAAAAUAGAGCUAUGAGAGAAAUAAAUGAUUGCCAAGUGCAUUGC